AUGGUAGUGAUAGCAUCGAUGAGGACAUUAGAUGGCUGGCUCGCGGCCCAUUGGAUGCAGCAAGAAGACACAGAGCCUUUAGCAUCUAGGCAAAUUCACAAGGGUGAUAGGAUUGAACAUGAGCCUUUUGUAUCUGCCGAUCAAGUUGACCAGGUGUUCUAUGUCGAUGAUGACUAUAACAACCCAGGAUGGUCAGUUGCAUUGAAGAUGAAGCCAAAAGAUGAUUUUGAGAUGGGAGAAGAAUGGAAUGAUGUAGAAUGUGAACCUUAUCAUAGACUAACUGGAGUGGAACGUGUGAAAAUUACCUGGGAACCGCCCCCUGAUUUUGGAACCGCCGAGACUUAUCGUCGCGGGCGGGCGCAUAUGCCGAAAGAGACGGUUUCCUCUCGUCUCGGUCUCCCUGGCCGCCUCUUAGCCCAGCGGUUCGACCGGUGUUUGCGAGAGAGGGAGUUGUGCAACCAUACUUUAGUGUUCUAUUGGUGCAACAUAAGUAUUGGACUGAUUGUGCAUUGUGAUACCAUGGUUGAGGAUAUGUGGACCAUAAAUCUUCUAUGCGAUGGGGCUGAUAAAGGAGAGAAACGUGUGCAAAAGAAAAUGGAUAGAGAUGAGAUAUGCUACUUCAACUUGAUGGAAAUGAUCGAGCAUUAUGGGUACACAUCAGUUGACUAUAUAUACUACAGAAGAAAAGAUGGCCUUGUUGCAAUAGAACAAGAUCCUCAGGUCAUGAAAAUGCUUGAGGAGUGUGAGAGCCAAAAGAUGGUUAGCUUGUUUGUGACAAAGCAAAGACUGGCCACAUUAGCGCCUACCAAUUCCAACAAAGAACCAUCCAAAUCUCAACCAAAUAAAACCAAAGUGAAGGUGCCAGGCGCUCGUGCUUCAGUGGCUGUGGCAAGGGGUAGAAGGAAACAGAUAAUUCAGAGUCAUGAUGAAUAUUUGUCAGAAGAGCAUAUUGGACAAGAGAGCCAUGGACAAACUACUGAGGCAUCUGAACUCCAUUCAAGUGCUAGAGGAGAUCAGAUUGAUGGUGAUGGUGAUAUUGAGGUUAAUUUCCACGAUGAAAGUGAAGACAGAGUAAAGCGUGGAAAGACGAAACUGAAAGAUAUCUGGAACCUUCCAAAAGGUCACAGAAUCGUGGUUAGAUGCAAUGAGCUGGAUCAACCAAUUGGAGUAGAGGCUGAGUUUCUUGGAAAAUUUCUUGGCAUGGUUGCUAGGAAUGGUUGCUUGUGUAGCUUGAGCUAUAAGGAUUGGAGACUUUUCAUAGGAAAGAAAGAGAAAAACACAGAUGAACAAAAAAAUAAAAAGGAUAUACUUAAGCAAGUGAAGAUGAGAUUCCUGUACCAUUCUCGCAUGGAAAAAUGGAUACUUCGAACCACUGGAGAGAGAUGGAGGCAACACAAGUCUAAUCUGAAAUCAAUAUAUUUUGAUGAGCAUAAGAGCACAAAAGAAAACCAUAUAGUAAUGUUCCUGACGGUGUACAUGAGGGAAAAAGAUCCUGAGAAGAAAAACCCUCACAGAGCUGUUUUGUAUCUCCAUACACACCAGACUAAAAGUGAGGACACAAAUGCACAUGUGGAGGCUUUGAAGGAACUUAUAGAGCAGCAGCCAUGUUUAGCGGAGACUAGUCAAGGAAAGGUUGCAUGGAAAGGAGAUGCACUUAGCAAAAUAUUAGGAGAAGAAAGGCAUGGCCAUGUGCAUGGCUUGGGACUUGUUCCAAAUCCUAAUCAAGUGUUCGGCGCAUGUGCUUCAAAGCGCCUUAAGAGUGUACAUUUGACUUCACUAGAUGAAACAUCAAGUGAAGAUGUAGUGGAUGGUGAUCCUGUCUAUGCAUCUAAAGAUGGCUAUUGUGCUGAUGUGCCAAAUAUGAAACGAAUGCGAGUAUAUAGUGACCCUCAAAAUCAAGAUUCUAGCAUGGAUGGACCUCUGAAUGAUACAAUGAAUGAGCAUGCUAACAAUGUGGAGGAUGAUGAUCUACAGCUAGAUUACGAAAACCUUAGUCAUGUACAUAAGAGGCAGAAACUUAUGAUGCAGAGAAAAAUAGAUGUUCUUAGCUCAAAGAAACAGAAGGUGGUUGAGCACUCAUAUGGAACCACAAAUUUGGACUCAUCUACCCCAGCCACAAUAAAUAUUAGCUUACAGAUGGAGCAAGAUGAUUAUGUGGAGAAUGAGGAUCUGACAGCACAUUACAAAGAUAGUUGUAGUAACGAUAAGGUUAUCUCAAAGGAAACAUAUGCUACUCCCUCAAAUUUUGAAGCAUCUCAGUACCAAAUGAACAAGAUCUCAAAAAGGCCUAGUGCAUCAGUACCUGCUAGUAAGAAUCAUCGUGGCACAACAAGUUUGUCAACUGGCAAUACAAUGAAGGUUGGCACCAAAGUAUACUUACAAAGAUGGAAAAAUCGAAAUAAGAAUGUUGCAAUGGGUAAACUAGUGAGUUGUGAUCCAAAACAGAAACUUGAUGGUGUUCAGCUAGGCAAAGAAUUUUGGAUGGUUUCUGUUAGUUUUGUAAUGGUAGAAGAUGAACCAUUGAUACGACCAUACAAAAACUACAAGGUUCUUAGAGAUGUAGAAGGAGGAGUCCAUGUUGCAUGGCCUUCAACUCUUAUCGAGAAGAUAGAUAUAUGA